GCCCACUACGUCAGGAUUAUUUGGUAACGAGAGCUUCGGGGAAAUUACUACGGCACGGGUGGAUGGUUCCGGGGUAUAUAAAGCGGGACUUCUAGAAACCUAGUGAUAGACAGGAUAGAUAGAGUUCUUGAGAUAGUACGCAAAUAUAACGGACCCAAGAACAAGGCAUUGGCGGUUUCUCCAAUAGAUACUUUUCGUGUCUUUAUUAUUUUCAAAAUGAAAAUUACCUUGUUUUGUGUGUUGGUAUUUUGGACGAUUUGUUCGACUACAUCGAGGGAAAUACCACGACAGUAUUUACGAAAUGCCAGAAUAGCAAAAGAAUUGAAUGAACUGGAACAUCUAUUGAAAGAACGAGAAUAUGAGACACAAAAUCCCAGUGAUGUCGAAGAAGAAAGGGAGACAACAUUGCAGGAACCAGACGAAGAAGAAGAAAGGGAGACAACUUUGCAGGAACCAGACGAAGAAGAAGAAAGGGAGCUGGAGGUCAGACAAGGUAGAUUUGGGAAAUUACAGACUCCUCAACGACAUCUUGACAGACCUAGCAAGUCUAAUGCAAGGAAAAUCAAAGAAGGCAUGCAAAAACUAACACAAAGGGAGAGGUUGUUGGCUGAGAGAAAGAUGAAAGAAUGGAGGAAAUCAAAUGAAGCACUACCUGAUCCAGAGAAAAUUGAUCCUGAUGACCCUGUAUCUAACCUGCUUGAAGGUAUGGAAAUUGAGAACAAUGGACAUGCUCAUCGUGUUCAAGGACUGCAUCCAGAAAACAGUGCUAAGACAUACAGUGAUUCCCACGACUCGCACAGACUUACACCAGAACAGAUAGCAGAAUAUGAAUUAAAGAAUUCAGGUGAUUCAAGCGGCAGAAAGAGAAAUUUUGACACGUAUACUAGAUGGCUUUGGAAAGACGGAAUAUUACCUUAUAGUAUACAUAACAUGUCUACAAGUUCUGUAACAGUUAUAAACAAAGCCAUUAAACAAUUCCAUGACUACACAUGUGUUAAAUGGAUAACAACCACUGAUCCCCUGUUCAACCCAUCAGCACUUGGACACCAGAAUGUUGUAACAUUUAUAAAUGGAGGGGGUUGUUGGUCCUGGGUUGGCAAUGUUAAUCCUCAACGUAACAAUGUACAGCACCUUAGCUUAGCCGAACCAGGUUGUAUUAGCGUAAGCACAUCUGUGCAUGAAAUGUUGCAUGCCAUGGGAGGACAUCAUGAACAAUCACGAUCUGAUCGUGACAAUUACGUCAGUAUCGAAUGGCCAAACGUUAAGCCACAAUGGAAUGGACAGGCAUAUGUCAGAAAUGGCAACAUGGAGAAAUCUAACACACAAGACAAUAACCCUUAUGAUGCAGAAUCUUCCAUGCAGUACAGUUUAUAUGCCUUUUCCACAAAUGGUCAGAAAACAAUCCUCUUUAAAGAUCAACGAUUAGAGUUUUUGGCAGAUUCAGCUGAUGGUUUAGAGUUCUAUGAUAUACAAGAUGUUACUGAUGCAUAUAAAUGUACUGACCACUGUUCCACCAAACCUAACUGUAAAAAUGGAGGCUUCGUUAACUUUCAAUGUACAUGUACUUGCCCAGAUGUGCUGACUGGUGCCACCUGUGAACAGACUGUCUCAAAUAGUCAAACUUGCGGUGGUGUUAUCACCCUUGGUGCAGGAGAAGAAAGGAUCAUCCAAUCACCAAAUUAUCCAUCUAACUACCCAACAGGGCUAGAAUGUACCUGGUUGAUUAAGGGAACAUCUAAUAGUUUAGUAAGAGCCUCAGUACAGUAUAUGGAUAUAUCUUCUGGUGCUGCAUGCAGUCAUUGGUUGGAAUAUAGAUAUAAUUUAUUGGGACAGAAAGGUCCAAAGGUAUGUGGUACAAACUUUAAUGCCGAUGUAGAAGUAUGGGACAGUUCACCUGAUGAGCUGAGCAAUGCCAUGAUAAUUAGAUUUGACAGUAACACAUACUCAUCUACGGCAGCAUCAAAAGGAUUCUCCAUUAAAGUUACAUCAAUUGGAAAAGGAUGUGUCAGCAACCCUUGUGUAUAUGGAAAAUGCAACAGCCCUGAGGGUACCAGUACCUAUACAUGUACAUGUAACCAAGGUGUAUCAGGGACAAACUGUGAUCAAUUUAGCACAUCCUCUCCAAUUCAUUGUACAUUUGAGUAUGGAGAAAAAUGUAUUUUUGAGAAUGAAGCAAGUAAUGCGAUAAAUUGGGACUCUAACAGUCAAGGCACACCAUCAAGCAAUACAGGACCAGACAAUGCUCAUGAAGGGUUCCAGUACGUGUAUACAGAGGCAUCAGGAAGCAAUAAAGUAGCUGGUGAUAAAGCUGUGUUCUCUACCAAUAUACAGUUACCGACUACUAGCCGCUGUAUGACGUUUUAUUAUCACAUGAAGGGUUCUACCAUGGGUACCUUAAAUAUAUACUCUGAGGGAUCAAAUACAGCAAAAUCUAAUAUAUGGACACGGUCUGGAGCUCAAGGCAAUGAUUGGAUCAAAGGAGAAGUAGACAUACCUGCCAUUAAUGGUCUCAAGAUAACAAUUGAAGGUGUUCGUGGAUCUGGAUGGUCAAGCGAUAUAGCCAUUGACGAUUUAUCACUUAUUCCAGGAACUUGUGGCAACCCAGUUACAGCUGGUCCAACAAACGCACCAACUACGACUACACCAACUACGACUACACCAACUACGACUACAUCGACUACGACUACACCAACUACAACUGCACCAACUACAACUGCACCGACUAUGACUACACCGACUAAAACUACACCAACAACAACUGCACCGACUACAACUACACCGACUCAACCAACAGAUGGCACCCAGACAUGUACAUUUGAGGAUGGUGCUACAUGUUUUUUGGUUGAAGCUACUGAUGAUGAUUUUGAUUGGACUCGUAGAGGUGGCCAGACUCCAUCCAGUGGCACUGGACCACAAUCGGCAGUUGAAGGCAGUUGGUACAAGUUUGUAGAAGUAUCUUCACCAAGGAGCAGCUACGAUGUUGCUAGGCUAGAAUCGUCAACGACAUUAAAUGCAGGUGACUAUUGUUUGACUUUUGAAUAUCACAUGUUUGGAUCUGAUACAAUGGGAGAUCUGAAAAUAUCAACUGGAGUUACAGCCCCUGAAAAUGAACUGUUUAAAGAAUCUGGUAACCAUGAUGACCAGUGGAACAAGGGGAUGGUUACAAUUACUUCUGCGGCAGGAAUGAAGUUAUUUAUAGAAGCUAAUAAAGCAACAACAUGGAAGGGCGAUAUUGCUAUAGAUGAUAUAAAACUAAAAAGUGGGAUAUGUGAUGUUAAUGAAUGUGACUAUAGUCCUUGCCAAAAUGGGGGAUCUUGUUCAGAAACAACAACAGCAAGCGGUUAUACCUGUUCAUGUUUGGGUGGAUUUACUGGACAAAAUUGUGAACAAAUUGAUGGCAAAUCAGUAUCAGAAUUUACUUGUGACUUUGAAGCACAAAAUAAUUGUGUGUUUGAAAAUGUAGAUGAUGAUGAUGAUUUUGACUGGACUUAUAGAGCUGGGUCAACACCUAGUAGUGGUACAGGCCCUUCUAGUGCAUAUGAAGGCACACAGUAUGUCUACACUGAGGCUUCUUCUCCACGUGUUCAGGGGCACAAAGCUGUUUUGUCGACUGUUAAAACUUUGCUUGCAGUUACAAGUAGCUAUUGCUUGCAGUUUUACCUCCAUAUGUAUGGUACUCCUGGUACAAUGGAUGUCAAGUUUGGUAACCGUGGUUCUUCUUCCUCUGUGUGGUCAGUGUCAGGUGACCAAGGAGAUCAAUGGGCCUUCUAUCAAGUGGAAUUACCUCCUAGCUUCACGGAUCCAGUGAUUUUCUUUGAGGCAACAAGAGGGUCAUCAUAUAAAGCUGAUAUAGCCCUUGAUUCAGUUAAACUUAUCAAAGGACAAUGUCCUGCUCUAAGUGCCUGUACUAGUAACCCGUGUAGCAAUGGUGGUACCUGUAAUGAGGAUGGCAGCACUGCUGGAUAUAAUUGUAAUUGUAUGAUAGGCUGGUCUGGAGAUAAUUGUAAUGUUCAAGAUGUAUCUGGAAAUGGCUACCUCUGUGAUUUUGAGACUACUGCCACAUGUAUUUUCCAGGAUUCAACUCAGGAUGAAUUUGAUUGGACAAGACGUACUAGUUCUACUCCAAGUAGUGGUACAGGACCAACAGGUGCAGCCAAUGGAAAUUACUACAUAUACACAGAGGCCUCGUCCCCAAGAAGUAAUGGUGAUACAGCUGUUCUCACAACUGAAGAUACUAACUUACCUGCAAAUUCUUGGUGCCUUUCCUUCGAGUAUCAUAUGAAGGGGAGCCCCGGAACAUUGGAAGUAUUUGCUGGGGAUAAAUCAUCUUCUCUGACAAGUUUCUGGCAAAAAACAGGGGCGCAACCUGAUGAAGACCUAUGGAAAACUGCUACUAUAGACAUACCACAAUAUAGUAAUCCUGUUAUCACCAUAGAAGGGGUGAGAGGUAGUUCAUAUAGAGGUGACAUUGCUAUUGAUGUAAUCUCUCUCAAUGCUGGUACAUGUGCUAGUGCCGGAAAGUAAACAGAAAACAGAAUAAUCCUACAAUCAUGACUAUAAUGGUGUGAUAUUUACACUUAUAAUGAUCAUUCAGUUACUUCUACCAUAUCUGUGACAGCAGUUUUUAAAUAUAAUA